CGUUCAGAUUCAUUUAACAGAAGAAUCUGGAAACGUCAACAGUGUUGUUUCAGCGCAGAGGCCAACAGUUAAUUUGUUUUUGAAUCUGCCCUCAACUAUGGGACGAGAGAAGACCCAUGUUAAUGUAGUGAUUAUUGGUCAUGUUGACAGUGGCAAGUCAACCACCACCGGACACCUUGUAUAUAAAUGUGGUGGCAUCGAUCAGAGAAGAUUGGAGAAGUUCGAGAAAGCUGCUGCACAGAUGGGGAAGAGUUCCUUCAAAUUUGCCUGGGUGUUGGACAAGCUGAAAGCUGAGAGGGAACGUGGAAUCACCAUUGAUAUUUCACUGCUAAAGUUUAACACACAGAAGUACACUAUGACUAUAAUUGAUGCUCCAGGCCAUCGGGACUUCAUCAAAAACAUGAUAACAGGAACAUCACAGGCUGAUGUUGCCCUCCUGGUGGUCUCUGCAGCUAAAGGAGAGUUUGAGGCUGGUGUAUCAAGAAGCGGUCAGACCAGAGAGCACGCCUUGCUGGCUUACACUCUGGGUGUCAAGCAAAUCAUAGUCUGUGUGAACAAAAUGGAUCUGACCGAACCCCCUUACAGCCAGAAACGUUUUGACGAAGUGGUGCGGGGCGUGAGCGGCUUCGUCAAGAAGAUUGGCUACGACCCCACGACCGUGCCUUUUGUUCCAAUUUCUGGCUGGACCGGGGAGAACAUGAUCACUGCAACACAGAAGAUGCCUUGGUUCCAAGGCUGGAAAGUCAGACGAAGGGAGGGGCAUGCAAGUGGAAGAACUCUACUUGAAGUUCUGGACUCCAUUCACCCACCUGUGCGUACCAUCAACAAGCCUCUACGAUUACCUCUGCAGGAUGUGUACAAAAUUGGAGGAGUUGGGACUGUACCAGUGGGCAAGAUUGAAACUGGCAUCCUCAAACCUGGUAUGACCCUAAUGUUCUCCCCUGCCAAGCUCACUGCUGAGGUCAAGUCAAUUGAGAUGCAUCACCAGGGCCUGCAGACAGCCCUACCAGGACACAAUGUUGGCUUCAACAUUAAGAAUGUGGCUGUCAAGAACCUGCGGCGUGGUGAUGUGGCUGGCAACGCCCAGCAGGAUCCUCCAUCAGAUGUCAGCAGCUUUGAAGCUCAGGUGAUUAUCCUGAACCAUCCAGGGAAGGUCAAAGCUGGCUACUCUCCUGUCCUGGACUGCCACACCACCCAUGUGACCUGUCGUUUUGCUGAGCUGAGGGAGAAGCUAGACCGUCGCACAGGCAAGAAACUGGAGGACCAGCCACAGAUACUGAUGUCUGGUGAUGCUGCUACAGUCAAACUUGUUCCCAUCAAGCCCAUGUGUGUGGAGAGCUUCUUCACAUACCCGCCUUUAGGUCGCUUUGCAGCCAGAGACCUGAAGCAGACGGUCGCUGUAGGUGUCAUCAAGUCAGUGCAGAAGGACCAAGGGUCAAAACUUCCACACAAAGCACAAGUGUGUAAAUAAGUUUUUUGUUUUUGUUUUACCAGCAUUCUGGUAUUACUGCUGUGAACAAUUUUAUUUAGAUGCAAUUUUUGUGUUGACACAAGCUUUUUUUUUUUUUUUUUUGAAGUGUAUAGUAUUCCUGUGUUUAAUAUUCCUGUUAAUCCAAAAGCUGUAGAGUUGGAUGGUGUAUUUUGGUUAAAAUGUGAAAUCAGGAUUGAGAUGACAAAAUAAAGAAUUUAUUUGGUGGAAAACUUUUGUU